AAGCCGGCUUACCUGGCGUUGUGAGCUGCUUAGACCACUGUAGACUCUGCGGCAAAGCGCUGUGCGAUGCCCCUCUGCUCUCUGCACCGCCCUAUUUCCAACAUUCUGCACGGUCAUCACUUGAGCACGCGCGGGACCUCGGCAUGGGUGCAACUGUGGGAGUGGGCAGGUGCCGAGAGGGACGAUUUCGAUCGCAGCAACGUGGCCCCGACGCAACCCCGCCCAAAAUCCCCGCACGCGCCUCUUCACACCCGAGCAACUAAACAGCGAGUCCGAACACGACCACUCACAUUCCCCACAAACAAAUUCCGGCUGACCGCCGGCGUGCCCACCCCCGUUCCCGACGUUGAUGACGUGCCUGAUGGAUUUGUUGCCGCGAAUGCCUGCACGCCCGCGAGCACGUCGUCGGCCUCUGUUCUGGAUCAGCACGACCCAUCCGAUAACAUAUCGAACGCAAGCACGCACCAACGCCAGAGCCGAAGCGACUCAGCGAUCCCGGCGACGGCACUGCAGAUAGCGCCAUCGGGCUCGGCUGUACGCUGUCUAUUCCUGCUGCUGAUCUCGCACGUCAGCAUCUUGUGCCUCCCCAACCGUGUGCAUGCGAGGCGUGCAGAAGCAAGGGCGGCGCGGAGAUGAGGAAAGCGAUCGGGAACACAUAACGACCGAAAUGAAGCCAAGGGCACUCACCUAGCAGUUCCUCGCCCACUCUGUCCUUCCUCACUUCCAGUACGCGCCCCUGCCAGCACCAUCCCUGCGACGCCCGAACAACCAACGAAUCGAAUCCAAAACAACCCAUCCGCCACGGCACACAUGAGCGUCCCGACCGGGUCGGGGAACCGCGCUUGACGCACCUGAAACAUCCCCAGCGCGCGCUCGCCAUCUUCCGCAGUGGCCAUGAGCACGGUGCCGUGUCCUCUACUCCGGUUGUCCGGGCCCAGGGCGACGUCGGCGCGGAGGACGGUGCCGGCGCGCCGGAAGAGGUCUUUCAGGUCUUGCCAGCGCACUCGGUAGGGGAG